AUGGCGGGGGCCGCAGUGGGCGGCAGAGGCGGAGGUGCCUGGGGGCCAGGGCACGGAGGGGCAGGGGGCCUCCGGCGGGGCUGCUCUCCCCCAGCCCCCGCCGGCUUUCCCCGGGCUGGGCUGCAGCCGCUCAGGGCCACCGUCCCUUUCCAGCUGCAGCAGCCGCACCAGCGCCGGGACGGGAGUGGCCGCGCAGCCAGCGUCCCGUGUUCCGUGGCCCCAGAAAAGCCAGUGUGUAGGCCUUAGCCACCCCAGGUCCGGCGUACAUUCUCCCUGGACACCAUCCUCAGCUCCUACCUUCUGGGCCAGUGGCCACGAGAUGCUGAUGGGGCCUUCACCUGCUGUACCAAUGACAAGGCCACCCAGACCCCCCUGUCCUGGCAAGAGCUUGAAGGUGAGCGGGCCAGCUCGUGUACACACAAGCGCUCAGCGUCCUGGGGCAGCACAGACCACCGAAAAGAGAUUACCAAGUUGAAGCAACAGCUGCAGAGGACAAAGCUUAGCCGCAGCGGGAAAGAGAAGGAGCGGGUCCCCCUCCAAGGGGACCAUGCUGUGCGGGGAGCACUGAGGGCGUCCCCUCCCAGCUUCCCCUCAGGGUCCUCUGUCCUGCGACUGAGCCCCUGCCUGCACCGGAGCCUGGAAGGGCUCAACCAAGAGCUGGAGGAGGUGUUUGUGAAAGAGCAGGGUGAGGAGGAGCUGCUGCGGAUCCUUGAAAUCCCUGACGGACACCGAGCCCCAGCUCCCCUCCAGAGCGGCAGCUGUGAUCAUCCCCUCCUCCUCCUGGAGCCUGGAAACCUUGCCAGCUCUCCCUCCAUGCCCCUGGCAUCCCCCCAGCCUUCUGGCCAGACUGGCCGUGAGGAACACCAGGGUGCAGCCGAGGAGCUGACGUCCAUCCCCAGUGACAAAGCUUCCCCUCCAGGCCACCCAGCCUUCCUUGAAGAGGGCAGCCCAUCUCCAGUCCUUGCCUUUGCCGCCUCCCCUCGGCCCAAUCACAGCUACAUCUUCAAACGGGAACCCCCGGAAGGCUGUGAGAGACUGCGGGUGUUUGAAGAGGCCACGUCCCCAGGUCCUGACAUGGCCUUCCUGACUUCCUGUCCUGACAAGAACAAAGUCCAUUUCAACCCAACCGGCUCGGCUUUCUGCCCCGUCAGCUUGAUGAAGCCCCUCUUCCCCAGCAUGGGCUUCAUCUUCGGUAACUGCCCCUCAAGCCCGGGGUCCCCCCUUCCCCCGGCCAGCCCCAGGCCACCGCCUCGGAAGGAUCCAGAGGCCCCCAAGGCCUCCUCGCUGCCCUUUGAGUCUUGGCAGCCCCCACCGUCAGAAGAGCCUGCGCUUUUCCAGAGCUCCCUGGUGGUCUGA